AUAAUGCCUUUAGUUGUUGAAGAUAAUAGUGACAUCGAAGUGUAUUUUACAUAUGCCAGCUACGAACGGGAAACCGAAGCUUCUUUUCGUCUAUCAGGGAAUAAAUCGAGAAAAAAUUUGUCAAAUUCGACGCUUUCAAACGAGAGUGUUGAUGGAGAUACCACAAAUGGAGGGAAGAUGCACGCGCCAAGAUCACAUGGUGUAAUGGUAAUGGCGGCUUGUAUGUAUAUGAGCAUGUCGAGUUUUGGAAUGUCUUCUGCUCUCGGGGUUGUUUAUGUGGAGCUGAUAUCGGCAUUCCAGUGUCUACGAUCAGAGGCAGCACUUGUUCAGGGCUUGUACAUGGGAUUUACAUUAGGUGGUGGACUUUUCUGCAGAAAGGUCAUCACAAAGUAUGACACUGGCGCAUGCGUAAUGGCAGCUUCCAUCGCCGCUGCCAUUGCAAUGGCUUUUGGGAGUAUGGCAGGUGACAUUAGCACAGUUAUUGCCCUUGUAGGAGUUGUCACGGCUUUAUUUGCAAGUGUUGAUAUCCUCACUUCGUCAAUAGUUAUCAACUGGACAUUUGUUAACAACAGUAAAUUUGCCCUCGGUAUUUUGACAUUGGGCUCUGCCAUUGGACAGACUGCUAUGCCAUACAUUGUUGAUGCUUUAGUCGAAGCAUAUUCAUGGAGUGGAUGUUUGCUAAUUUUGAGUGCUCUUGCGUAUCUAAACAGCAUUCCAUGUGGAUUAAUUAUUCAUUUUUCCAAAAGAUAUUUUCAUACAGGAGGGAAAGCCGACACUAAAGGCGAUAGCACGUCUGUUGCGAGCUUUUUCACUGACAGUGCUUUCAUGGUCUACAUGGUGUCAUCAUUUAUAUUUAUAACAUUUGGUCCGGUUGAACUAUGGUUCGUUGUGGACGUCGCUGUUCUUAAAGGCUUUGGGGUUCAGUCGGGCGCAACUUUGCUCUCUCUUAACGGAAUAUUUGGAUUUUCCGGCAGAAUUAUGUCUGUCAUAUUUUUGAAAUUUUAUCCAAAUACUCGACCGGAAAUACACAUGUGUUACGGGUUUAUCAUUUGGGCUGUUGCCCACCUCGGUGUAAUUGCCUCGCCAGUUUACUGGGGAAUGUUCUUGUCGAUGACACUCCGAGGCUUAUCAGCCAGUGUAGUUAUAGUAUUUAUACCAUCUUUGCAACUGGAGCUUCGAGGGUCAGAAAACUUUCCAACGACAGUUGCUAUAUCAUAUAUGAUAAUGGGUAUAGGGGAUAUAGUAGGUGGAUAUCUGGGCGGGUACAGCGUUGAUGUAACAGGGUCGUAUAAUCUAAUAUUCUACAUAGCUGCCGUGGGUACUGUAUACUGCGGAAUCAGUAUGCUUAUUAUUUAUGUGAUCUUCAAAAGGAGAAAACGUCAUUCCGGCCAGUAUCAAAAUCUACCAUGAUCAACAGACUCUUCGAAUAACGUUUUCAUUGACCCGUGUCAUGCAAUAUCCACUCGAGCCGAAUGCAGCAUUCCAAAUAAAGUUAAUGUUGUAACAUUUGAUCUAGGCGAACACAGCACUACAACGUCCCUUAUGUUUUACAUUGCUUAUAGUGGUUGAGAACAAAAGUGCGAAUUUCUGUCCUUCUGUCUGUUAUUUAAGUAUCAUUUUUCACUGAAAAUAAUUGAAAUUGGUUAUUGUUCAUAUGGCAGUUAUAUAAAUUGUACGAAAACGAUCCUAAUAAUAUAUGACCCAUUUUGGAGUACAUAACUAAGGAAUCAGUGAAAAUAUUCAGAAUUAAAAAUGCACAUAA